AUGGAGGACCAGGCCGUUACCGAUGCCGCGACGGAGAACGCCCGCCUCACGCAGGCCUCAGGCGGCCUGCGUCUGGGGUUGCUGUCGCAGGUGGCGCGGCCUGACACGUCGAAGAUGUUGGUCUUCAAGCCAGCGCUGGAUGUGGUGAGCAGCCGAAAACGACAGGUGGAAGGCUUACCUCCAGACCAGAAGGGCCAGGAGGCGCAGCUGCCAGUGAUGAUUCCCAAGUGUCUACAAGACCUGCUGGCGGUGCUUCCUUCCAGGCCCAUGAAGGGUGCCAAACCCGACGUCGAUUACCUGCUGACUGUCUUGCAGACGGUGUCGAUCCCGCCAGUGCCAGUGAAGGAAUUGGACACCUUCCGAUACGACAGCUUGCGGCUUCUUAAAAGUGAGGAGGACCGUGUCUUUAUGAAGGACGACCUGGAUGAGGAUGGCGAAGGUUUCUUCAGCGCGCGGGCGACUCACUACCGAGAGAGGCUGCAAGCCAAACGUCAGAAAGUGUUGGUGGAACAUCACACCAAGCAGGCCAGCAUCCUUUCGGCCAGAGAGCUGGAAGGUAUCGACCCAUACUUCCCAGAGGCAGUUGGGGCAACCUCCAUCGCCGCGGAGGGAGCUAGGCUAAGGAAGCGGAGUAUGAAAUGGCUCGAGAUGGCCGAGAGAAUUCCUGAUUACGAAGAGACCGAGUUUCAGCUGAGUGGUCGUAGCUACAGCAAGGCGCAGAAAGCCUUGCGGCGCCAGUUGCAACAGCUGCGGUCGGAGGGUGAGUAUCCAGACAGCAAGCUGUUGAGCCAUUGUGCCACCAGUGGCAUGUUGUCAGAGGUUCUGGAAGUGCUGGAGAGCAUGAGAUCAGCAGGAGUCCAAGUGCCUUUUGCCAGCAACGAAGCAGCCUUGCAAGCUUGCGUACCCUUGGGCAAGUGGCAACAGGCCUUGUCCAUGUUGGAGGACUACUGGGCCACAGACUCCGUGAAUCCCGACAGGGUGCGGUUCCGCCUGAAGGGCCCGUUCGCAGCUGAUAGAGAUCCGGGAGAAGAGGGAAAGGCCCUUGUGGCAGAGGAUGCCGGCCCGUUUUGGCUGAUCGGCCGACAGAGCGACGAGGAACUCUUCAUUUGGAGCGUGCUUCAGUGCACAGAGCUCGCAGCCCCACCGCUGUUACCACGCGGCCUGGCCCUCUUGGGCCGCUACUGCGGAAACGAUGCCUCCGGCGGAGGGACUGUGGCGUGGCGGGAGGAGCAGCAGCUGGUGCUCCGGAUGGAGGAGAAGGAACUGAGAGAUUGGAAGGUAGGACAGCCUUCAGAUCUCUUGGUUCGUUCUUCCCUGGAGGUCCAUGUGCCUCCGUCUCAGGAGGAGAUGCAGCUGGCGCUCAGCGCCAUGGCGCGGGACGUGGGCACCCUGGGCACCCUGCACUAUCGCUUCCCGCAGGCUGCGCAAGCGCCCAGUUUGGUGCAGCUCAAAGCAGGUUUGGCCAAGGGCCUCAGCCUCCCAGCAGAGCUCGCGGCCUCGGGCGAGGUCAUCGUGGAGGUCUUGGCCGCGGAGCUGGGAGCCACCUGUGACCGCGCCAAUUUCGUGGAUCUGGAUACUUCUGGGCCCUCAACUGCAUUGAGCCGCGUGGACUUUGCAGCUUAUGUGUCGAAGGAUGCCUCGCUGGAGCGAAUGGCCGAAGAACUGGCAGAAGCUGCGAAGGACCAGUUUGCGAGAGUGGAAGCAGAAGUCCGGGCUGGCAAAGUGGCCAAUCUCAGUGUGCGUUGCUACGCCCCAGGGCCCGUGGGCCAUGCGGUGCUGUUGCAAGGCACCGAGGAUGCGGCGCAGCGACAGAAGCUGCAUGCGCUCUUGCGUUUGCCCGAGGAACCUCUGCUGGUGCCCGCUGCGGCAUUGCCACCGCCGGGACAGGCGCUGGCACAAGCCACAGGCAAGCCGCUGAAUCCCCACAAGGAUUGCGGCCUGCAGCCCAGCUGGUGGAAAGGCCGGAGCACCAAACGCGCUUUCGUGCGAGGGCUCUACGAGUACAAUCACUACAUGCAGGACAGCUUCGACGACAACGGCUGGGGCUGCGCCUAUCGGUCACUGCAGACCUGCGUCAGCUGGUAUCGCAUGCAGCACUACGUCGGGUCCGAAGUCGCUGUGCCAAGCAUCCCGGAAAUCCAACGUUUGUUGAAACGAAUCGAUGAGGCGCAUAAAGACCUGGAGAUCGGGAGCAAGAAAUGGAUUGGCACGGUUGAAGGCAUGUACUUGCUGCAAGAGUACCUGAAGGUGGACUGCAAGAUGAUGUACAUGCAAAAUGCCAGCGACAUGGCCAGCCAAGGGGCAGAAAUGUUGGAGCACCUGGAGCGAGAAGGGACUCCCAUCAUGAUGUGUGCCGGGAUGUAUGCCUACACUCUGGUGGGCCUUUGCUUCGACUCGGAGACUGGCGAGGUGGCAUAUCUCAUCGUUGAUCCUCACUACACGGGGAAGGACGACUUGAAAGCCAUCCUCUCCAAGGGAUGGGUCGGUUGGAAGAACCUGGAUUUCUUUGAGAAGAGCACUGAUGGAAGCUUCAUCAACUGCUGCUUGCCCUUGGCCCUGGGUUUGGUGCUCCGAGCAUGUCGAAGGUUUGGAGCUUGGGCGGCUGCUUUGCAAUUCCUGGACCUGGCGCGCAACGAGGCCCUGUCUGUGGACUCCUGGGCCUAUGCCUGUGCCAUGGGGGCGUGUUUGGAGCCAUCUCGCUCACGCAUCACGGCGGCGGAGGAUGCGAUGACAUUGUAUCGAGAGUUCACCAGUACCGGUGCACCAACAGGUUGGGGCUUUUGGAUUACAGCUGCCUGUGCCUGUGAGGAGGGUCUCCUUUGGGAAAAUGCCAUCGAGAUCCUUUCCUCAACUCCGCCGUCCUGGUCGAUCCUUUCGAUUCGCUGGGCUCAAAGCAAAAAGCCGCGGGCGAAGAUAGCCAUGGCGGAAGGGACCUCGGAGGAAAGCUACGAGGCCAUCUUCCUCAUCGAUGGCAGCGCCAUCGGAAGCUCGAGGGCUACGUCGGCUACGUCGGCGACGUGCUCGGCGCAUCAUUUGGACGACGCAGAACGUCUGGUGGCCUGCUGUCAGCAGGUUCAAGAGCGAUGCCCAUCCGCGCGGCUUCGUGCCUUUGUGAACAUGGAAGGCGAGUCGGCCCUUUCUCUGGGAGGCGACCGGGUCGCCUCCCUGCAGAACUUGGUUCAAUGGGUGCCAUUGGGCUGUGAUGUCUUGGACUUUCUUCUGGAGUUUGCCCGCAAGCGCGCCUCCAAGGGACAAAGGGUGAAUGUGGUCUCCAACGCACGGAGUGCCAUUGACGCCUGCCGCGACGCGAAUUUCAAUCACCUGGGCUUCAUGUUCGUGGACGGCGAGCUGCUGAUGCCCGGCCUUCACCGCACGAUGCCGACAGCGAUGCCGAAGCGGUCGGGUCCGACGAUGCCGCGCUCGGCGCCGGAGGCGCUGAGAACAUCUGGAGAUGGCCCGGAGGAAUGGUCCUGGCCCGAGGCCAUGGCCACGGCCAGAUGCAUCGGUCCUUGGAGCGUGCUGGUGUUGCGGACCCUGCUGGCUGCUAGCUAUGUGGGCCAUGCCUGCUAUGAUGUGAUCACCUACUAUGACAGCGGCUUCUAUUUCAUGUACUUGACGCACAUCUCGCUCUUUUUCCAGGUUCUCUGCAGCGUCUUCCUGGUGGCGGCCACCUUUCUGAGUUUCCGGCGGCUCCAGCGUCGCCAAAAUGCCGCGGAGACGCUGCAAGCCACGCUGGGCGGCGCAGCUGCCUCGGCGGUGGAGCUUCGCGCAGCCAUCAGCGAUUUGAAGCACCGCAGCGACAGCGCUUCUGCACCGGUGACGGUCUGCAUCGCGCUGGUGCUCUUCUGCCUGCAGCUGCCGUUGUCCUUCAUGGUGGUCUUCAUGUACUGGUCCUUGGAGGUGCCAAUCUGGAGCCUCCGACCAGGAUACAAAACCACCUACGACAACUUGUACGUGCACGGCUUUCAAAGCCUGGGGAUGUUGAUCACGUUUCUCUUCUCGAGGAUACCUUUCCGCGUGACCCACUGGGGUUGGCUCAUGGUGGCGGGGGUCUUGUACAACAUUUGGACCUACCUGCAGUACACCAUGCGCAUUGGAACCCUUGAUGGCUGUGCGGAAUACCCCAGAGAUGAGUGCCCCAUCUACUCCGUCUUUGACUGGCAUAAAGGAGGCUCCACGCUCUUCUUGGGCGCCAUGUUGGUCUUGGUUGCGUGCCCAACGGCUGUGGCCGCCAAAAAGGUGAUGUCAAUCUUCGGGUUCCUGGGAUGGCUCCGCGAUCGCUUUGACGAAGAUCCAACAGCUCUGACGGAGUGGGAGGACACGGAACCUGGGACGGGAUACCUUGUCCGGCUUUCAGUGCAUCGAUGCCACGUCAUCUUCUCCAUGGCAGAACAGCUGCCAGCGAGCGCCAACCCUUUGUUGUCGGCCGCAGCAGGACACGGUCCCCUCGCAGACUUCGAACCGGAACCGGAGUUUGGUGCGUUGGGUGACACUCAGAUUGACGAGGAGCCCUCCACGGCAAGAUUUCGAGGACUUCGGGCAGCGCCUGGCGAUCACAUCGAUCUCAGCUUUGCGGAGACGCAGGUGGUCGAAGACUUUGCGCCUCCUACGCCAGAGGCCGUGGCUUCUGCUGAGGUCAAGGAACAGAUGGUUGAUACACAGCCUGAAGGAAGCCAACGAAGUCAAAGGAUGGCAUCCCAAGAUUCCAAGGCAUCUGCCGUUUCAUGGGGUGACAGUGGCGAUGCAGAUACCGCAGCUGGUGGCCGAAAGUGUACAGAGGAGUCGUUCCGCGGCACCUGA